CCCCACCCACCCGCCGCCAGCGCUUUCCCGCCGCCCGCCUUCCACGCUCGGCGGGUCCCGCCUCGCGUCGCUGCCGACACGGCCGCCGCUGCCGCUGCGGGAACAAAGAAGCGAAGCGGCGGCGGCGCGGCCGCCAGCCCGGCGCGCCCCGCAACCCCCGCUCUCCCCACGACCGCCCGGAGCUAUCGGCGGCUCCUUCUCCGGCGGCCGCCGCGGGGUUUGUGGCCCCCGCCGGGAACAGCAUCGAGAUGACUCAGGAGACAAACCAGACCCCAGGGCCUAUGCUGUGUAGUACAGGAUGUGGAUUUUAUGGAAAUCCUAGGACAAAUGGGAUGUGUUCUGUUUGCUACAAAGAACAUCUUCAGCGACAGCAGAAUAGUGGUAGAAUCAGCCCAAUGGGAACAACCAGUGGUCCAAACAGUCCUACCUCAGACUCUGCAUCUGUACAGAGAGCAGACACUAGCUUAAACAACUGUGAAGGUGCUGCUGGCAGCACAUCUGAAAAAACAAGAAACGUGCCUGUUGCUGCUUUGCCUGUAACACAGCAAAUGACAGAAAUGAGCAUUUCAAGAGAAGAAGAAUUGACACCAAAAACAGAGACUGAGCCAGUUGUUACUCAACCAAGUCCAUCAGUUUCUCAGCCUGGUACUUCAGAAAGUGAAGAGAGAGCUGCUGAACUGCCGAAACCAAAGAAGAACAGAUGUUUCAUGUGCAGGAAGAAGGUUGGCCUUACAGGAUUUGACUGUCGAUGUGGAAACCUAUUUUGUGGACUUCACCGUUAUUCUGACAAGCAUAAUUGCCCAUAUGAUUAUAAAGCAGAAGCUGCAGCAAAAAUCAGAAAAGAGAAUCCAGUCGUGGUGGCUGAAAAAAUUCAGAGAAUAUAAAUUAAUCUGCUUGUGAAAAGACUGACUGACUCUUUGUGGGGCUUUUUUUUUCAAUACAUCCUAAAAACAUGAAAAGAGCAGGUGCAUGAUCAUUUUCCUUUGUUUUCCAGAGUUUUACUUCUAGUCCUGUCUGUCUAAACAAUACUUCAAAUGUUUGGGUGUUUGAUACAGGCAGAAUUGGAUAGAUACAGCCAUUGAAAAUAGAUAUAUGCCCUCCCCAGAAUAGAUGGAUGAUCAGAAACCUGCACAGGAAUACACAUGCACAGAGACAUACUCUAGUUCACAUGUGCCAAACAGAUGUAUGCAAUCUGCAUGUGUGCAGCAGCUCUGCCUUUUGAGAUGUGCAUGAGUUGUUUAAUGUUCGGUUAAUGUUAUAUGCCUGUUUUGGAGAAGGAUACAUCAAAACAGUUGGCAGUCUACUUCUAUCAUUUAAAAUCUCAUUCUACUUUUAGUUGCCACACUCCAUUUUAGUUUUCCAGCAGAAUGCUGUGUAGAUGGGUCUACCAUCCCAGUAACAUGAGUGUCAAUGCCAUAUUUAAGUCACUUAAAAACUGCACUGAGCAAAAUGGAAAAAAUCAGAAACAUGUGAGAGGAAAAUUGUUUUGUAAAAGAUUACAUUAACUUUAGAAUCUAGAAAAAAGUUCCCAAAGGAAAUGUCCCAUUAGGAGCUUCUGAACUGGCCUGCAACAGAGUUGUCUGCUUUUCCUUGCAUAGCUAAAAAUGUUGUGUAGCACAAUAUUGUAAGACUGGUUUUCAAAAAACAGUUACAAAUGUUUCUAGACAUAUCACAUCAUCUCUAUCCAGCAACACGGGUCUAAAUAAGUUGCUGAAAUACUAGAGCAGUUUACUAUUCAUGUAUUACUUAUGUUCUGUGUGUUCCAAGUUCAGAAGAAUAUUAGGAAUUAAUUUUUCUAGUUUUAAAUGUAACAGUUGCACCGUUCUGCAUGGAAAACCAUACCUAACAUGGCUGCUGUAGACUUAAAUGGUAGCUGGAACCACUCUUGGAGGACUGCUUUUAUCAUUUUUAAUUGUACUUGGGUAUAGGACUGUAGUGUUCUUGGGUGUAUUGCAUGGGCUGCGUUAUCUGGCAUUGUACAAUAACAACUCUAGAAAAGGCAGUAUUCUUCACUGAUGCUUGUCUGGUAAUAUAUAUCACUUCUGUGUUAUAAUGGAAGGGGUUUUUGUGAUGUAUGAAACUUGGUUUUUUUAUAUAAACAAAUACAGUUUAGACUAGUGUUGUGGUAAUGCCUGUUCUCAUCUGUAAAUAGUUACAUACGUACACAAGGCACUACUUCUGGCCUGAUUUUUAUUGCCAGUGUUCAGUCUUGGUUUUUACUUCACUAUUAAAAGCGUCAGGUUUUCGCUUCUAACUUUGUUCUUCUGAGUUAUUAGAUAUGCAAACAUGUACAGAUAGUUCAUAUUUAUGUAUUGCACAUAAGCUACCCAGCAUCUAUGCUAUAUUGUAUUAUGUAAAUAAUAAAAAUAAUGUACAGAAGGAAAUAUUUCCUUU